GUUUCUCACCGGAACUUUUGGGUGAUGUUUCAGACAGGAUGCAAACCUGAGCGGGUAGAGGCGGGAAAGUGAGCUCGCGAGCCGGCGGUUUGAGGAUUUGAACGACCCAACGGGGUGGCCCGGAGGAUGGAGGCCCGGGUUGGCCGCGUGCGUUGCUCCUCGAAGCGCGCGGUUUUGGCUGCGCUCGAGCGUCUGGCCGAGCCGCUACGGAAACGGCUGAAAGACUUCCCGCAGGAGGCCCAACAAAUAUUUGAGACUGCUGUUCAGGAGAAUAUCCUUGUCAAUGGCCUAUUAUGGCAAGAAGUCUCAGAGGAAGAUGAGCUCAAAUAUGGUAGCGACAUAAGGGCUUUGGAUGAUGAUUUGGAUGAAUGCAUUAAAGAGACGGCCUCAAAACGUAAGCAGUUUCCAAGGAAGAUUAUUGGACACCUUGCUAGGACCAUGAAAGCAGAAAGGGAAUCACUAAAGCUAUAUCAGCCUGCGGUAAUGACCCAAUUAAAAACAGAAGUUCAUCCAGAACAAGUAUCCAAGGAGAAGGAGUUGGUGAAAAUUGCAUCAAAUAUUUCUCGAGAUAUGAGUGACGUUAUGAAGCAUUUACCAACAUUUAUGGAGAAAGCUGAAGGACUUUUGCAAACUCUAACUCUUGUUCCCAUUAUGAAGCAAUCCCAGACAAACAAAGCAAUAUUCUCAACCUCCACAGAGAUGUGUUUCCAAAAUAGCAAUGAACAAACUCUGCUGCUUGGAAAAUCUGAUGUCACUCCCAUAGAAACUGAAAGACAAUUGAAGAGUCGUAAGUCACACAAAAGUAAAGUACAUUCUUCCAUUAAUCGAAAAUAUCCAAAGCGAAGACUGCAUCUUGGUCAAUAAUCCUGCAAAACAUUCAGCGGCAACAGAUAGCUUGUACAUUAAUAGCAUGGUUUUUUUUUAGUAUUUUUAGCCAGGUUUGGUGUAAAGUUCAAUCGUUGGCAUCUCAGUUUGGAAGUGCUUAGAGUACAGUCCACAAAGAUAUUUAUCCAAUUGUUUAUUCAUGUAAGAAUGUAUACUAAUAAUGUCCAGCCCUGAGGAGAGGUCUUAACGUGAGAAAAUUAAUUAGAUUUGAGAAUUGUUUGAAUAGAUGAAACCUAAAACAUAUUUGUCAUCUAAUUUGCAAGAGAGUUAACCUUGUUCAGAUUUUUGUAUUUCAGAAUCUGACUCAAUAUUGUUUAAUGUUAGAGUUCCAUUCCUGUUUUAGGACUAAAAUCC